UAUUCAUUCGUGUGUGGUUUGACUUCGCUGCCACAACUGGAAUUACGGUGUGAAGCUAAUGUUGCACGAGUUAACAGGGCCGCUUUAGUCGCUGUCAUCUGGCUGCUAUAAAAACCGGCGAAUGCUCUCGUUAGCCUGUUAGCAGCAAGCUAGCGGGCCAUUGUCAGCCAGGACCCAGGAAAGCAGCAGCAUCAUCAUCAAUGGUGUGUCUACAUCCCGGAGCCGUCACAUUUUCCUGUGUCCGCUCAAUGAUCCAUCUCCUCAGCGCUCAUCACAGCUGCACAUGUAUGGCGUUUGCGAAGCUUGGAGGGGAGUUUUGCCAAGCCCAGCACCUGCUGCUUAUUGUGGACAAGUGAACAGGAUAAACCAGCUAGGGGCAAACACUGCCAUUCACCACAGGUACUGCCCUCCUGUUCAACCUUUAUGAAGACAAGCCAACCUUCAGCCUGUCACUUGUCCUGGGGAGUAGGGAAUCCUUCGGUAUUAUCCCGGGAGUUUCCUCACAGCUCUUCUCUUCUCCUGCUGUUCCUUCAAACUUCUACUCUGAUUCGUACAAGUCUUUUCUGAAUGGGCUGAUAGAUUGGAAAGAAGGAAAGGACAGAUCUUUUUAUCCAUCUUUAGAUUUAUUUUUCUCGUGAACUUUGGGUGUCGCCUCUCUAGUCUUUUUUGAUCCCACCCUGCCAGAUUUAGAUUAAGUUUUUAACCAAGCCAAUUUUAGUUUUUCAUUCAUUGCCAAGAAAAGUUCAGAUUUUUAUCCUCCUUUUGAUUAACCAAGAAAUUUGUCUUGUCUUUUUAGUUUUUUAUUCAAACUACUCUUUACCAUCAAAUGAAUAGUUUACUUCAUUUUCUGAUUAAUCAUUUAGGUGUAUUAAUUAGUGAAUUGUAAGGCCUAAUUUUUCUUCUAAUAAGAUUAUUUUAGAAAAAUCAGAAUUCUUUCACUGAAAUUCAUUUAAAGACUCUGUCUGUAACUCCAUUCUUUGAAGUACAGUACUUUUCUGAUCUUUUUUUCUAAAUUCAUAAACCUCUAAAAAUCUAAAAAUGAACCGACCGGCUCCAGUGGAGAUCACUUACGACUGUCUGAGAUUCCUCAUCACGCACAACCCCACCAACGCACAACUGGGAAGGUUUAUAGAGGAUCUAAAGGCAUAUGGAGUAAACACCCUGGUGAGAGUGUGUGCUGCUACAUAUGACAAAGCACCAGUGGAACAAGAAGGCAUACAAGUCCUCGAUUGGCCCUUUGACGAUGGUUCCGCCCCCCCAGACCAGGUGGUUGAUGACUGGCUGAACCUACUGCAGAUGAAGUUCAGAGAGGAGCCUGGCAGCUGUGUGGCUGUGCACUGUGUCGCUGGAUUAGGACGAGCUCCCGUGUUGGUGGCACUGGCUCUAAUUGAGUGUGGGAUGGAAUAUGAGGAUGCUGUGCACUUCAUCAGACUGAAGCGUCGUGGAGCGUUCAACUCCAAGCAGCUGCUGUACCUGGAAAACUACAAAGCUAAAUUGUGUCUUCGCUCCAAAGAUGCCAACGGACAGAGCUGCUGUAUACAGUAGGAAUCCACAACUUCCCCUACAUCUUCAGUGCAGCUUCAUUGGAGACUUUGGUUUUUUGAUGUUAAAUGGAAAGUUGACAUGUUUGGGUAAAAUGAUAAGUUGAUGUAACAGCCCCUGAAAAUUAUUCAAAGCACCAAGUAUUCAAGGACCUCAAGGCAAGCUUCUGAAAAUCUUAUGAAAAGAUUAACAUCUUCUGUUUUCACAUCAUAAAUGAAGUAAAAAUUGGAUAUGUAAAAGCUUUUUAUUUGCUCUCCUUGACCUGUAACCUUAAUAUGUAGCAAAAAUACUUUGUCCAUUAGAAAGGAACCCCACGGUCAAGCAAAAGUAAAUCUGUUUGUCAUCAAAAUCACUGUGUAAUCAAAAGGUCACUCCCUCAGUUCACCGUUGGAGGUGCAGCUAUGAUACAUAGUUGUCUGUAUGUGCUUCCAGAGGCAUGCUGGCUAAUUGCACAUCAACCCACCCAGUGGUGGUUCAGAUGUAUAUGCUUAUUCCAAACUUUGGCUUACUGGAAAAGGCAAUGCCCUGAAGCCAGAAUGUGGGACAGAUGAAAAGUGAACUUAGGAAGCAUACAAUGUUAAAGAAGUGUAUUUAAAGGAGAUUAAAAGUUUAAAAUAAUUUUAAAAAAUGUACUCUCACUUGCAAAUGUGAUGUAUAAUGUAUUAAAGAGCACUACAAUCUACCUACCUAUUGUAUAGUAUGUCCCAAGUCUGAGUCAUAGAAGCACAGCCUGCUUCACUAGAACAAACUUGUGUUGACUGUAAUUGUUUGACACUGUCUGUCAUAAUGUCAUCAAGGCAAGUGCACCACCAUGUUGAAAAUUCAUAUGGUUAAUAAUUGAACACUGAAAGGUUUUGAUAGAUUUUCCUGUUAGCUGUCGAGCUUUAAGAACAAACAAUCAUUCAUGAGCCCCAGUGCGUCAUACCUCUUCUUCAGCAUGCAAGUAGUCUACAAGCAGUGUAUGAUGGAGUGGCAGUAUAGAGAGUGUGACAGUAGUGUUUCUGCCAUAGACUGUGUAAAGGGAGCAGAUGUUGGGAUUGUUACAUCACCCAUCGGUUUUUGGACUGCCAUUUUGAGGCAUGGAGUUUGGCAUUAAAGCCAUUGUCGUCUUGUUUUUUUUUUGCCAGAAUGGUUCACAUUUGGAUGAGAGGGUGGAUCUGACUGAGAGCACUAUGCAUUGUGGUUGGGAUUUGUCAAUUACGAGGUAGCCAGUUCCUAAAGCUUGCCCCAUUUUAACAUCUAUUUAACUUCAAAUGGGACUGUAAUUUACUAAAAUGAACAUCAUUCUUAAUUUAAUUAGUCUUCAACGUAGAGAUUGAGUGCAUAAACCCAUUAGGAAAAUGUUUACUGAGCUAAUCAAUCCAGUGAGAAGUAGGGUCAUUUCCACAGACUUCUAUACAAUCAGACUUCUUUUUGAAACCGUUGCCCCCAGCUGGCCAUUAGAAAAAAAUGUAGGUUCAAUGCACUUAGACAUUGGCUUCACAUUUCUUACCCAGUGGCUACGUUCCCUUCUUUAUACAGUCUAUGCUUCCCACUAACAAUUUGCAUGCUAUAACAGCCCAAAAUAUAUUCUUGAAUGAUGGUAGGCUCUAUGCAAACACAUGAGCACUUACUAUUUAAGAUGGUAAAGAUAUUAGUUUUCAAGUGACCUCUGGUGCCCCUGUUAAAUUGGCUAAUGGGACAGUCUGCUGAAUACUUCCUGUGUUCCUGUUACAACCCCUGUUGAACAGGACUGUGGAUCCAACAUGGCUGCCACUGAAACCUUCGUGGCCAUAGUACUUGUCUCUCUCUGGUUCUGUACUUACCUAGCUGUCUGGUCAGCUGUUGUGUUCGUAAGAUGCUGUUAGUCUUGUGACGUUGUUAUUUUUUCUAUAGGUUUUAUUUUCCCUGUACCUUUUUAACUAUUUGUACUUGUUAUUUAUUUAUUUAUUUAUUCAUGUAUUUAUUUGUUUAUUUAUUCCACAGUGUUUCUUUGUGACAUGUCUUUCUGCUUGGAAAUAUCUGUCAGUCUUCUUAGAAAAUUAAAGUGUUUAAGUACUGU